CUUUCUUCAUCCCCGCUUUGACUGCCUUUUGCCUUGCGCACUGCCCUUGAAGCCUUGUUUAUCUUUUUUUUAAAUUUUCGAGCCCGACUCUUCGACCUAAAUCAUGUGCAAGCAAACCUACAACCAUGGCCUUGUCGAAGCCGUGCGUCGCCAGAACUUGCCCGGUGUCAAGCGUGCCCUGGCCAGUGGUGCGGAUCUGAACCACCGCAAUGGCUGUCGCGGCGAAACUGCCCUGAUGGCCGCCGCUCGUUACGGCAAUGAUGACAUUCUUGAGCUCCUCCUGGCCCAAGAACCGCGCCCUGACCUCCACGCUCGAUCCCACUGCGAGGGCCUCACCGCACUCCACUACGCUUCCGAACGCAACCACCUCGCUUGCGUGGACGCGCUCCUUGCCGCUGGCGCCGACCCACUCCUCCAAUCUGGUCGCCCUGACUCCAAAUGCACUGGCCGUACCGCCCGCGAAGUCGCAGGCCGCCGCAGUUGUCGCCGCGAGCCUCGAGUGGUGGCCCUGAUCGAUCGCGCCAUCGCAGGCCUGGAAGUCCGACCCCUGAUGGAAACGGACGACGCCGUCGCCUUGACGCACCUCCUACCUCAGCUGUCCCAGGACGACCUGGACAUGGCCCUCACUGAGGCCGCCCGUGCCAACGCUUACGAAGCUGCGACCGCCCUGCUCCAAGCCGGUGCCAACGCCAAGAACCGUUUGCGGGAUGGUCGCACCCCCCGCGCUUGGUGCGGGCAGCGCCGAGUCGACGGCGCCGAUUGGCGCCUUGUUCAACUGCUGCAGCGCUACGAACAAAGCGACAAGGCAGCCUUGGUCGAUCAAGACGUCUCCGCCAAGGACCAGCUUCUGCUGCCACCCUCCCCCGUCCAUGCCCCGCCCGCCUAUGACCUGGCGACCCCCAGCCCAGUACCCCAGCUCUGA